AUGGAGGCAGGAGACUUCUGCAAACUCAAAGCUAAGAGAUAUGGUUUUACAGUGAAUUGCAAAAAGCUUGCUGUAGAAGUUUCUGGAUUAAUACAAGAAAAACAUGGACUACUUGACAAACAUAGCUUUGCGGAUAAAGAGCUUAUUCGAAAAGCUGAAAUAUCAAAACAAGAGGUGAAUGGACUUAAACAGAAAAUGACAUUUAUACACACUGAAAUACUGGCAGACCAACCUGUCAAUGACAGUGAAAAUCACAUUGAGACGGAAAAUUGCUCUGCCAUCCUUGGAGAAGAUAUUACCGAUGAUGACAGUGUGGAACAAGACAUGACGAGUGACUCAGAAAACGAACAUAUUGAAAGUCAUCUGACUGAACAAAUACCUUUGAAGUCAGAAGGGACACAAUUUGGAAGUGAAAUUGGGACACAUCCGCAGGAAGUCCCAAUGAUGACUGAAGUAUAUCAAGGACAUGACAUGAUGCCAUGCAGGUAA